AUGGAAUCGGUUAAGACUGCUGAAGUGACGGUGAGAGGAAACGCACCAGGAAAUUACAUCGCGAUGAACACCAAGGGAGAGUCGUACAGUACAGUAAGUCAGACGGGUGAUUGUUUAAAAUUUUAUGUUCUACAAUAUUCAAUUUUCUUCCAGACAAUCAAGCCCCAGCCAUUGUGAGGAACAGUUACGAUUUAGUCAGUUUGUACUUUCACAUCUCAAGAGUAUGCACGUUUUCUUGUAAAAGUGGCAACAGAGUCUUUGAUCCUAAUAAAGGGAGAAACCAUGGGUCGUAGGUGAGACCCCUUGAAUCCAGCCAAAAAAUACAGUCAAAAAUUCGCGAUCUCUCGCCAUUCAAAGGGGCUACGUCCUAGACAGACGAUAAAGAGAUAGGAGACUGUAAGUCUUACCCAACUAUAAAUUAACAUCAAGUCUUGAUCGCUCGGUAUUUUCUCCUAUUUGUAUUCGAUCUUGUCUCAUCGUCACUAACUUCAUCUUUAUUUUCAACAGAAUAGUCCAACUCACCCGGAGUGCGUCUUCAAAGAGAUUUUUGGAACGAAGUACAAUUCUUACCAAUCCACAUUAAAUCCUGCCUGGUACCUAGCUCUGACAAAACAAGGCGAGGCGAAGUCUGGGCCCAAAACUAAACCCGGACAGAGGGCUGUUGGCUUUCUAGCUGAAUGA